GCGCCGCGGCUCCAGCCGCUGCCGCCUCAGCCUCCACACAGCGACGGCGGCGGCCGCGGCGGCUGAGUCGGUGGCGGCGGCGGUGGCGGCGGCUGCGGGCUGAGCGGCGAGUUUCCGAUUUAAAGCUGAGCUGCGAGGAAAAUGGCGGCGGGCGGAUCAAAAUACUUGCUGAACAGUGGAGUCAGAGACCAAUAAAAAUAAGCUCCUACUUGAACGUCAUUUGACUGGUUAGCCAGUUGCUGAUGUAUAGUCACAAUGAGCGGAUUAGGAGAAAACUCCUUGGAUCCACUGGCCCCUGAUUCACGAAAACGCAAAUUGCCAUGUGAUACUCCAGCACAGGGUCUUACCUGCAGUGGUGAAAAGUGGAGACGGGAGCAGGAGAGUAAAUAUAUUGAAGAACUGGCUGAACUUAUAUCUGCUAAUCUUAGUGAUAUUGACAAUUUCAAUGUCAAACCAGAUAAAUGUGCAAUUUUAAAGGAAACAGUAAGACAGAUCCGUCAAAUAAAAGAGCAAGGAAAAGCCAUUUCCAAUGAUGAUGAUGUUCAGAAAGCCGAUGUAUCUUCUACGGGGCAGGGAGUAAUUGAUAAAGAUUCCUUAGGGCCACUUUUACUUCAGGCAUUGGACGGUUUCCUGUUUGUGGUGAAUCGUGAUGGAAACAUUGUAUUUGUGUCAGAAAAUGUCACACAAUACCUGCAAUAUAAGCAAGAAGACCUGGUUAACACAAGUGUCUACAGUAUCUUGCAUGAAGAAGACAGAAAGGAUUUCCUUAAAAACUUACCGAAAUCUACAGUCAAUGGAGUUGCCUGGACAAAUGAGACCCAGAGACAAAAAAGCCAUACUUUUAAUUGCCGUAUGCUGAUGAAAACACCACAUGAUAUUCUGGAAGACAUCAACACUAAUCCUGAACUGCGCCAGAGAUAUGAAACAAUGCAGUGCUUUGCCCUGUCUCAGCCUCGAGCUAUGAUGGAGGAAGGGGAAGAUUUGCAAUCCUGUAUGAUCUGUGUAGCACGUCGCAUUACUACAGGCGAAAGAGCGUUUCCCUCAAACCCCGAGAGCUUUAUUACUAGACAUGAUCUUUCAGGAAAAGUUGUCAAUAUAGAUACAAAUUCACUGAGAUCUUCCAUGAGGCCUGGCUUUGAAGAUAUUAUCCGAAGGUGUAUCCAGAGAUUUUUUAGUCUUAAUGAUGGUCAGUCAUGGUCCCAGAAACGUCACUAUCAAGAAGCUUAUAUCCAUGGCCAUGCAGAAACCCCGGUGUAUAGAUUCUCAUUGGCCGACGGAACCAUAGUGACUGCACAAACCAAAAGCAAACUCUUCCGAAACCCUGUCACGAAUGAUCGGCACGGCUUUGUCUCGACCCACUUUCUUCAGAGGGAACAGAAUGGGUAUAGACCAAACACGAAUCCUGUUGGACAAGGCAUUAGACCUCCAGCAGCUGGAUGCAACAGUUCGGUAGGCGGCAUGAGCAUGUCGCCAAACCAAGGCUUACAGAUGCUAAGCGGCAGGCCCUAUGGCUCGGCCGACCCCAGCUCCACCGGGCAGAUGAGUGGGCCCAGGUAUGGGGCUUCCAGCACCAUAGCUUCAAUGAACGCUGGGCCAGGCAUGCAGUCCCCAUCUUCCUAUCAGAAUAGCACCUAUGGUCUCAACAUGAGUAGCCCCCCACACGGGAGCCCUGGCCUCGGCUCCAACCAGCAGAACAUCAUGAUUUCUCCUCGUAAUCGUGGGAGUCCAAAGAUGGCCUCACACCAGUUUUCUCCUGUUGCAGGUGUGCACUCGCCCAUGGGAUCUUCUGGAAAUACUGGGAGCCACAGCUUUUCUAGUAGCUCUCUGAGUGCUCUUCAAGCUAUCAGUGAGGGUGUGGGGACUUCUCUUUUAUCCACUCUGUCUUCACCAGGCCCCAAACUGGAUAACUCUCCCAAUAUGAAUAUAAGCCAGCCAAGUAAAGUGAACAGUCAGGAUUCCAAGAGUCCCCUGGGCUUGUAUUGUGAUCAGAAUCCAGUGGAGAGUUCAGUGUGUCAGUCAAAUAGCAGGGAUCACCUCAGUGACAAAGAAAGUAAGGAGAGCAGUAUCGAAGGGUCAGAGAAUCAGAGGGGUCCUCUGGAAAGCAAAGGUCAUAAAAAAUUACUGCAGUUACUUACCUGUUCUUCUGAUGAUCGGGGUCAUUCCUCUUUGACCAACUCCCCCCUGGAUUCAGGUUGUAAAGACUCUUCCAUUAGCGUCACCAGCCCCUCUGGGGUGUCUUCUUCGACCUCUGGAGGAGUGUCCUCCACAUCCAAUAUGCACGGGUCACUGCUGCAGGAGAAACACCGGAUCCUGCACAAGUUGCUGCAGAAUGGGAAUUCACCCGCAGAAGUAGCCAAGAUUACCGCAGAAGCCACGGGGAAAGACACCGGUAGUGCAGCGUCUGGUGUGGAAGGAAGCAUCAAGCAGGAGCAACUGAGUCCUAAGAAGAAGGAGAAUAAUGCACUUCUGAGAUACCUGCUGGACAGGGAUGAUCCCAGUGAUCCGCUCUCUAAAGCCCUGCAGCCCAAAGUGGAAGGAGUGGACAAUAAAGGGAGUCAGCGCAGCAGCUCCACCGUUCCUAGCUCGAGUCAGGAGAAAGACUCUAAAACUAAGACCGAAACAAAUGAAGAGGGAUCUGGAGAUUUGGAUAAUCUAGAUGCUAUUCUUGGUGAUCUGACUAGUUCUGACUUCUACAAUAAUUCCGUAUCCACAAAUGGUAGUAAUCUUGGAACCAAGCAGCAGAUGUUUCAGGGAACUAAUUCUCUGGGUUUGAGGAGCCCACAGUCUGUGCAGUCCAUUCGUCCUCCGUAUAACCGAGCGGUGUCUCUAGAUAGCCCUGUUUCUGUUGGCUCGAGUCCUCCAGUAAAGAAUAUCAGUGCUUUCCCCAUGUUACCAAAGCAGCCCAUGUUGGGUGGGAAUCCAAGAAUGAUGGAUAGUCAGGAAAAUUAUGGCUCAACUAUGGGUGGACCAAACAGAAAUGUGACUGUGAAUCCGACUGCUUCCUCGGGAGACUGGGGCUUGCCAAGCUCAAAGACGAGCAGAAUGGAGCCUUUGAGUUCAAACUCCGUGGGAAGACCAGGAGCGGAUUACAACGCUUCUUUACCCAGACCUGCAGUGAGCGGCCCGAUGCCCACAUUGCCCCUCCGGUCCGCUGGCAUCCCAGGUGCGAGGCCGGCGUUGCCGCCACAGCAGCCACCACAGCAGCAGAUGCUUCAAAUGCGGCCUGGUGAAAUUCCCAUGGGAAUGGGGGUCAGUCCGUAUGGCCAGGCAGCACCGUCCAACCAGCCGGGUUCCUGGCCAGAUGGCAUGUUGUCCGUGGAACAAGGCUCUCAUGGGACUCCAAAUAGGCCACUUCUUAGGAAUUCCCUGGAUGAUCUUCUUGGGCCACCUUCUAACCUGGAAGGGCAGAGUGAUGAACGAGCGUUGUUGGACCAGCUACACACUCUCUUGAGCAACACAGAUGCCACAGGCUUGGAAGAAAUUGACAGAGCUCUGGGCAUCCCUGAACUUGUGAAUCAAGGACAAGCUUUGGAGUCCAAACAGGAUGCCUUCCAAGGCCAAGAAGCGGCAGUAAUGAUGGAUCAGAAGGCGGCAUUAUAUGGGCAGACGUAUGCAGCACAGGGGCCUCCAAUGCAAGGAGGCUUUAAUCUUCAGGGACAAUCACCAUCUUUUAACUCCAUGAUGAGUCAGAUGAGCCAACAAGGCAGUUUUCCUCUGCAAGGAAUGCACCCGCGGGCCAAUAUCAUGAGACCUCGGACAAACACCCCCAAGCAACUCCGAAUGCAGCUUCAGCAGAGGCUGCAGGGCCAGCAGUUUUUGAAUCAGAGCCGUCAGGCACUGGAAAUGAAAAUGGAAAGCCCCACUGCUGGGGGUGCUGCGGUGAUGAGGCCCAUGAUGCAGCCCCAGGUAAAUCCCCAGCAGGGUUUUCUUAAUGCCCAGAUGGUUGCCCAGCGCAGCAGGGAGCUGCUCAGUCAUCACUUCCGGCAGCAGAGGGUGGCCAUGAUGGUGCAGCAGCAGCAGCAGCAGCAGCAGCAGCAGCGAACCCAGGCCUUCAGCCCACCCCCCAACGUGACCGCUUCCCCCAGCAUGGAUGGGGUCUUGGCAGGGCCCGUGAUGCCACAGGCCCCUCCCCAGCAGUUUCCAUACCCGCCAAAUUAUGGGAUGGGACAACAGCCAGAUCCGGCUUUUGGGCGAGUGUCUAGUCCUCCCAAUGCAAUGAUGCCCUCAAGAAUGGGGCCCUCCCAGAAUCCCAUGAUGCAGCACCCUCAGACCGCGCCCAUGUAUCAGUCCUCGGAAAUAAAAGGCUGGCCAUCAGGAAACCUGGCCAGGAACAGCUCCUUUCCCCAGCAGCCGUUUGCCCACCAGGGGAACCCCGCAGCAUACGGUAUGGUGCACAUGAAUGGCAGCAGUGGUCCCAUGGGACAGGUGAACGUGAACCCCAUGCCCAUGUCUGGCAUGCCCAUGGGUCCUGAUCAGAAAUAUUGCUGACACUUCUACACCUCCAAGGAAAUCACUGUAGAAAUGACACUGCACUAGAACUAUUGGAAGUAAAGAAUCGUCCCACGCACCUGCCAGCUCUGAAGAGGGAACCAGCUUUGAUCUCCGGGAAGGGUAUUCCAAGUGAUGUCAUUGGAGCAGGACUGGGUUUGAAAUUGAAGUGCGAUGUCUACCUGUAUUUUUCCUUCUUCUGUGUAUCACGGGAUUCAAAACAGAUAUUUUGUUGACAUUCUGCCUCUUAGGGAUGUGAUUCUGGAGGUACGGAGUGUUACUGAUCACAAAACUCUGCUAUGUCCCUUCUUUCUGCCUGUCAGUGUUUCAGAUGAAUGCGGGUGGGCUAGAGAACACUGGAGAAGUUCGGCGAGAUUAGGGUGUGUGGUCUCUCUGGGGCAGACAGUCCCAGCCCUCACGUGUUCUUGUCGCUACCAGAUACUCCGUGUUCCCACCCUCCGUCCUGAGAAGUUGGCUUGUCCUAUACUGAUCGUGUUGAGUUGCUCCAAUCCUGUUAUUGGUUGUCCUGGACUCUUUCCUAAGUAGGAAUUUCCUCUGUCCCUGACGUCCUAGAAUGCUUCACCUCCAGAACUGACCUUGAUGUCCUGUGGCUUUUGCAGAAGGGGAAAUGACAGUAUUUAAUUGCAGCAGUAGCAGUUUCUUCACAUGCUAACGUGCAGCUGAGUGCACUUUAUUUAAAAAGUAACGGAUACACGCACUAUUCCGGAGGUCUUGAGGAAUGGCGAACCACAUUCCCGCCCGGUUUUUGUCUGAACGAAUCAGUUGGACGAGAACUAUGAUUGUUUUGUCGUCGUUGAGAGUACCCGUGUCACCCUUUGCCUAUAUGGUAGAGCAAUAAUGCUUUUUGAAAAUAAACUGCAGAAACCCAAGGCCAGGUACUGCAUUCUGAAUCAGAAUUUUGCAGUGUUUCUGUGAAUAGAUUCUCUUUUGUAAAUACGACCUUUAAGAUAUUGUAUUAUGUAAAAUAUGUAUAUACCUUUUUUUGCAGGUCACGGCAACUCAUUUUUACAGAGUUUGUGAAGCUAAAUAUUUAACAUUGUUGACUUCAGUAAGCUCAGUGUGGUGAGGCUGCAAACAGAAGAGACAGCCCCUGAAUUUUUUGGCCUGGGGGGGGGGGGCAGUGGUCUGCAGCUCCCUACCUCCCCCCCGCCCCCCUAGUGUUAGAUGGUUCCCUAUCAGUCUCUUAAUCUUAAAUGCUUUCGAAAAAGAUCAUUUGUUUAGAUGUAGGCAUUUUCAACUUCUAAAUUCCUCUACCAGAACUAAGCACUUUGUUGAUUUUAGGGGAAAGAAUAGAUAGGGGGAAAUAAACUUAAAAAAAAAAAAAUCAAGAAUUUUAAAAGAUCAAGCGAUUUAAAAAAGAAUGUUGGAUUUUAAGCAGUCCAUAAAUUAAUAGCAAUUCAUAGUGUUUUGUUUUUUAAUUGAAAUACGUUGCCUUUCAUCGGUUGUAGGAGUUUCCGUAAGGUUUUGGUUGCUAGGACCCAAAUCCCCACAUUGAGAUCUCAGGGGUUGAACCCUUGAUGUGUGGUUUCCGGUGUCUGCUUGGCUGUCUCAUCACUGAGAUGUGUUCUUGUCCCUGAGAACUAGAGGAGCCACACGGUGGUUCCUUAGGGAGCUCAGCCUCCAGGACAGCCAGGUCGUCGAGCUCCAGAGCCGGAGUCCAGCAGAGCGAGUCCCUUUGCACCCGCUGCCCCUGCCCCUUUGUGCUGCUGUCAGGCUUUGACUCUUGUUUUAGUCCGUUGGGGAUAGAGAAAAAGUCCAUUUAAUUCCUUCUAUCUGGUUCACUUUAUUAGCUUCAAAUAGCUGAGUGAAAUUGGGUUUUAAAAAUGUCUUGUGAAUUUCAAAGGUCUCUGCUAGCUUUGGUGUCAAUUUCCUAGCAAUAACUGAGAGCCAGUUAAUUUUUAUUUCAUACGUGUUUAGGCAAUUUUUCUAGGUGUCUCUGAAGGUAAGAUCAUUUCAUUUCUUUGAUUUCUGUGUAAGUAAAACCUGUAUUUCCAGAACCACCAGUGGAAUAGCUUUGGGUUUUACACCGUCUCCCCCACCACCCCGUUAAAAAUAAAUCUAAGAUUGAAAAUCCAUCAACUUCCAUCAUAGUGGCCUGUACUUUUUAGAUAACACAUUCUCCUGUCUGGAGACAGAGGCGUAGCUGAGUAAGAGUCUGUCUUAAUAGUUACAGCCGUGUCAGGUAUCUGAACUUUCCUCGUUUAAGUCACGGGUGCGUGGGGAGAAACAGAAUGGUGCUCUUACCUUUCUUGACUUUUAAAAAGUGGAAAAAAAAAAAAAAAAAGUUUUUUGAUUCUUUUCCUCAGUCCCAGCUCCAGGCUAACUGGAAGGCAGCACCCCUUUUAUAUGGGAAAAAAAGAAAGUUUAUUAUAAGUUUUUAUAUUUUCUACUUGUUCAUUUUAUUGGUGCAAACUUAAGAAUUUGAUCUUUCUUUUAAUAGAUGCUGUCUUUUGAAAUAAUUUGUUUUUACCUUUAUUGCCCUUUUAUCUUUUUUGGAUAAUUCUCUUUGUACUCUGGCUGCCUACCUCUCCUCACCCCUACCCCCCACUUUUUUAAACCUUGGUAUCCGUUUCAUCUGCUUUUAGAAUGUGUGAUAUUUCCAGUACCUACUUUUUUGCUGAAUCCAAAGAUAUAUAAAUAUAAAUAUAUAUAUAUAUAUUUUAUAAAGAUCAAAAUGAUAUAAAGGAGACACGUUUCUUCCUUUAAGAAAACAAAUAGAAAUUCAUUGUGAAUGUUCAUAUUAUGCCACUUUUCUAAAUUGUGCAUCUUGAUGGAAAGGUGUAAAUAUCGAUCACCAGGACUGCUUAAUUGGUAUUUAAUAUCUAGGUGAGUUGGGGGUGUGGGGGGGGGGUAGUACAGAACAUACGUGCUUGCCGUCUGGAUGGACUGCCCGUUGUCCAUAUGCCUGUCUGGUUCCAGGAGUUUGAUUCACAAGUGGGGGGCAUCACAGGCAUGAAGCCUAUAGGACAAAACCCUUGCUUCAGGAGGAACAGGAGUUGCUGUUCAGCUCGGAGGCCACCUGUUUAACAAUAACGAGCAAGGUGGUUUUUUCUUCUCUCUCUCUUGCCAAUGUGUGGAAUUUCAAUGAUGGAAAGGUCUUUCUGAGAGCAAUAUUUAAAAUUCUCAGGAAUUGACGUAUAGUAUUGAGAAUGAAUUUAGUUUCAAUCAAGUUUACAUUAAAUGUUGGUUUUAAAAAUCUAAAUCAUUCUUUACACUGCAAAGAAUACAGACCACAUGGGAUAACUUAUGAGAUGGACUGCUUUGCUGAUCAUUUCGGAUGUCACUGUAAAUAAAGGUUUCUAUUUAAAAUUGAA